AUGGCUCCUACCAGCCUCUACAACGCCUGGAUCUACACUGUCAUAUCAUUCGCAGGCUUCUCUUAUGGCUUCGGAUUCUCGGUAUUUGUCACGGCUCAGGGUCAGCCAGGUUUCUAUCAAUACUUUGGAUUGGAUCCCACCAGCACUUAUACCGCUCACAUUCUCGAUGCCGUCAACGCUUUGUUCACCGCUGGUGCAGCGUUUGGCGCUUUGACGCAAUCCCCUCUUGCCGACGUAUAUGGCCGGAGGAUUGCACUCGCCGUGGCAGGAACAACCUCCCUCAUCGGAACUGCACUAGCGGCAGCCUCGGUUCGUGUGGCUAUGUUGAUAAUGGUACGUCUAUUCCAAGGCUUUGGACUAGGAAUGAUCUUAGCCCUGGUCCCGCUCUACCUCAACGAGGUGGCUCCUCCACAUCAGCGAGGCUUGAUAUCUGGCUUGACUGUCGUAAGCUUUGGGACCGGCUAUUUUGUAUGCUCUUGGAUUGCAGUCGGUACCUAUUACGCCAAUACAACCGUACAAUGGCGCGUGCCACUUGCCCUCGCUUGUAUCUCACCUCUUCUUCUGCUCCUCAGCUUGCCUACUAUUCCUGAAACUCCCCGAUAUCUGAUCUGGAGCGGUAAAAAGGAGCAGGCGUAUAAUGUGUUGCGACGCCUACACUUAAAGCCUGGCGAUACAGAUGACCGCAUGGCUCACGCCGAGUACACACAGAUUGUGCUUCAAGUGGAGCACGACAAAGAAAUGAAAGUUGGCUGGAUACAGAUUUUUAAGAAACCCUCGCUUCGACGUAGAGCUAUCCUUGGGAUGUUUCUGUUGUUUGCAACCCCAUCAACGGGGAUUAUUGGUAUAUCGAAUUACCUUCCCCCUAUAUUUGCAGGCCUCGGUCUUAGUGGUGUUCUCCCACUAGUCAUGUAUGGAAUCUGGACGACACUCGGGACUGGCAUGGCAAUUGUGAGCAUUUUUAUUGUUGACAAAGUUGGAAGACGAACUUUGCUGCUGUAUGGCUACCCGGCGCUGGCACUGUUGUUAAUGAUUCAAGCAGUGCUGCAAAGUCAGUUCAUUGGCACCGACAAGCAAGGCGGCCUCGCAGCUUGUCUUGUCUUCCUUUUCCUCUAUAUUCUCACAUUUCAACUCGUUGAUGCACCUGCCUUCAUCUGGGCAUCAGAGAUCUGGCCGACAGCAUACCGAGCCAAAGGCAUCAGCCUGUCUUUGUUCUCCUUUUUUGUCGGGUCUUUGACCUACACCACUCCAAGUGCUUUGGCAUUCAAGACCAUUGCUUGGCGGAUGUACAUUCUUUAUACGUGCCUCUGCCUGAUCUGCGGUGUCAUUAUCUAUCUCUUCAUCAAGGAGACCAGAAACCUCCCGAUGGAAGAACUCGCUGCCUUAUUUGGGGACGAAGUUGUUGUCCAUCUCUCGAAGGAUAUGACAGGCAUCAUUGAAGACAACAGCCUAGAAAAGUUGACUGCAGUUGUUGGACAUGGCCAUAUUGAAUCUCUUGAGCUGGCAGUGCCAAAAUCCACUGGCCACGCUAGGCACUCGAGCACUCCAGUUGCUGCUGCAACUUGA